AUGCCCGACCCUAAUCUAUCCACCAUUGGGGGUCCGUGUGUGUCUGACGCUGGUCUACCCCGCUGGAUGCAGAAGAAACUACAGCGCAGAAGCAGGAUGUUUCUCCCUCUGAAGUCCCCCUUUUGCGGACAGCGCCCCCUGUUUGAGGCCAAAGGACUGCAGGACCAGAAGGAGGAGGAGCUUCUGGAGUCGUACAGAGGGGGUCGCAUAGUGGGCGGGAUCAACGCCGAGAUCGGCUCCGCCCCCUGUCUCGCCUCCUCAGUCUCUCCCUCUCCUCCCCCAUCAGUCUCUCCUUCACCAGUCUCUCCCUUUCCACCCUCACCAGUCUCUCCCUCAUCAGUCCCUCCCUCUCCUCCCUCAUCAGGCAGGUGGAUGCUGUACAAGCGCAGCCCUCAGGAGCUGUUGUGUUUGAGCGUGGCGAAGAGAAGAUUGUUGCCAAUUGACGAAAUCAUUGUUCAUCCUAAAUACAACUGGAAAGAGAAUUUGAACCGAGACAUCGCUCUGCUGCACAUGAAGCGACCAAUCACCUUCUCCGACAGGAUCCACCCCAUCUGCCUGCCCAGCAAGGCUGUGGCCCGCACCCUGAUGACUGCUGGGUUCAAAGGUCGUGUGACUGGGUGGGGGAACUUGAAGGAGACCUGGAACCCAGCGAGCAGGAACCUGCCCUCGGUGCUGCAGCAGAUCCAUCUGCCCAUCGUGGACCAGGACCACUGCAGGAGCUCCACCUCUGUCAAGAUCACAGACAAUAUGUUCUGUGCAGGAUUCAAACCAGAGGACUCUGUGAGAGGAGACGCCUGUGAAGGAGACAGUGGAGGACCCUUCACCAUGAAGUUCCCAGCAGAGGACCGCUGGUACCAGAUGCGGGAUUGUAUCAUGGGGCGAAGGGCUGCGACCGCCGAUGGGAAAUACGGGUUCUACACUCACCUGUUCCGACUCGGGCGCUGGAUCCGCAAAGUCAUUGGACCGCUCCAAUGA